AGGUAACGGUUAUGUGACUGACGUCACCCGAUGAAUCUCAUUCUCAUCAUCUAUUGUAUUGACAGGGGCUUUCGAAGAUAAACAAUUAAUAGUUAUCUUUUUAAUAACUCAAUAUGGAUGAAUGUGCGCGACAGGCCAAGUUUCACAAUGUCAGGAACACAACACAAACAGAAAUGAAAGUGAAAGCCACUACUCUGAAUCAUACUACUUUCUGUUUUGACAGAGGAAGCAAACGGCAAACUCCGUUGAAAGAAAAAUGGCUCAGGCUGAUAUUGACGAGGGAUUAUAUUCUCGACAGCUGUAUGUGAUUGGCCAUGAUGCAAUGCAUCGCAUGGGAAAGGCUGACGUCCUCAUUGCUGGAAUGCGAGGUCUUGGCGUGGAAAUUGCCAAGAAUGUGAUUCUGGCUGGAGUUCGAUCAGUCACCGUUCAAGAUGAGGGUGUGGUGGAGUGGAGAGAUCUAUCUUCUCAGUUUUACCUAAAAGAUGCUGAUCUGGGUCAGAACCGGGCCUUGUGUACUGAGAAGCAGCUUUCUAGUCUGAACGUCUACGUUCGAGUGUCUGCCUGGACUAACAAACUCAACGAGGACUUCCUCAGCAAGUUCCAGGUAGUGGUGCUUACAAAUUCAUCUUUAGAAGAGCAACUACGUGUGGGAGCGUUUUGUCACUCAAACAAUAUAAAGUUUAUUGUGGCUGACACCAGAGGGCUUUGUGGGCAGUUGUUCUGUGACUUUGGCGAAUCGUUUGAGGUCAGAGACACAAAUGGAGAAACUCCUGUCUCAGCCAUGAUUGCUCAUAUCAGCAAGGAGAAUCCAGGCGUAGUGACAUGCACAGAUGAAGAGAGUCAUGAGUUUAAUGAUGGCAUGUUUGUGACCUUUUCUGAGGUUCAAGGCAUGACCGAACUCAACAGUUGUGGUCCCAUUGAGAUCAAAGUGAGGGACAGCUACUCCUUCACUAUUUGUGACACUUCAAACUUUUCCGAGUAUGUGAAGGGUGGAGUUGCCACUGAAGUGAAACAGCCUGAAAUCCUCAACUUUAAACCUCUGGAUGUGGCUCUGAAUGAAGCGCUCGUCGAUCCUGAGCUUGUGGAGAUGACAGACUAUGGCAAGAGACAAAGACACCUGUCUCUGCACCUGGCCUUCCAGGCCCUGCAUAAAUUCACUCAGAAAUACAACCGGACACCCCAUCCUAGAUCUCAGGCUGAUGCUGAAGUGCUGGUUACUAUCACAAAAGAGCUUUGUACAGAUGCAAAUUUUAAAGAGCUUGAUGAAGAUGCUGUAAGGGAUUUAUCUCUGGUUGCCAGCGGUGACCUGGCACCUGUCAGUGCCUUCAUUGGAGGGCUGGCUGCUCAGGAGGUGGUGAAGGCGUGCAGUGGUAAAUUCACUCCUCUCAGGCAGUGGCUGUAUUUCGAUGCCCUGGAAUGCCUGCCUCUAGAGGAGGAUGGAGUUGUCCUUACUGAAGACGCCUGUGCUCCUAGAGACAGCCGAUAUGAUGGGCAGAUUGCUGUGUUUGGAUCUGAUUUUCAAGACAAGCUGAAGAAACAGAACUAUUUUCUGGUUGGAGCUGGAGCAAUUGGUUGUGAGCUGCUGAAGAACUUUGCUCUGAUUGGUCUGGGUGCGGGAGAUGGUGGAAAGAUUACAGUGACUGACAUGGACUCUAUUGAGCGAUCAAAUCUGAACCGACAGUUUCUGUUCCGCUCUCAGGACAUCGGGAGGCUGAAGUCGGAGGUGGCGGCGGAGUCUGUUAAAGAGAUGAACCCUUACAUGAACAUCAUCUCUCACCAGAACCGUGUGUGUGCGGAGACGGAGGAGGUCUACACAUAUUCGUUCUACAGUCACCUUGAUGGCGUAGCAGCUGCGCUGGAUAAUGUGGAUGCACGAGUCUAUCUUGACCAGUGCUGUGUGCGAAACAAAAAGCCCAUGCUGGAGGGAGGAACUCUGGGUAGUAAAGGCCACACUUUGGUGGUAGUACCACAUCUGACGGAAUCGUAUGGACCCUCCUCAUCUGGAGGACAGAAAGCCUUUCCCAUCUGCACACUCAAGAACUUCCCGCACCGUAUAGAGCACACACUGCAGUGGGCCAGAGACCAGUUUGAAGGGCUUUUCAAGCAAACGGCAGAGAAUGUGAACCACUAUCUCAGUGACCCAACCUUUGUUGAUCGCACAGUCACCCGUGGGGAUGUGGAGGCUGUGGAAAUGCUGGAGGGCGUCUAUAGGUGUCUGAGCGAGGAAUGGCCUCAGAACUGGGCCGACUGUAUCAGUUGGGCCCGCAAACAGUGGGAAACGCUUUACAACAAUCACAUUAGACAACUACUGCACUGCUUUCCCCCUGACCAGGUAACAAGCUCUGGACUUCCGUUCUGGAUGGGCGCAAAGAGAUGUCCACAUCCUUUGACCUUUGACACAAGCAAUACCACCCAUAUGGACUUCAUUGUGGCGGCGGCGAAUUUAUACGGCCAGAUCUAUGGGAUUACAGGCUCAAAAAAUCGUGCUGACAUUCAGAGCGUUCUGCAGGGAGUAAAAGUCCCCGAGUUCACCCCUAAAUCUACUGUAAAGAUAGCAGAGAAUGACCAGCAGCUGAAAGAGGAAAAUGAGGAGAGGAAAGAGGAAGAUAAAGCUAAGCUGGAGAUGUUAAAGGAGAAGCUGUCCAAACUCAAUCUGACGAACCAAAACUUCCGCAUGCAUCCACAAGAGUUUGAGAAGGAUGAUGAUAGUAAUUUCCACAUGGAUUAUAUAGUUGCAACAUCCAACCUGAGGGCAGAGAACUAUGAUAUACCAACAGCCGACCGCCACAAGAGCAAGUUAAUUGCUGGCCGCAUCAUUCCAGCAAUCGCCACUACAACAGCUGCGAUCGCCGGACUGAUGUGUUUGGAGCUCUAUAAGCUUGUCCAGGGUCACCGGAAAAUCACGUCCUACCGCAACGCAUAUUUAAACUUGGGCACCCAAUACUUUGUCUUCUCACAGCCUUGUCCGGCCCCGAAAAUUACAGUUGCGGGGCAGCGGUACUCUCUCUGGGACGACUUCCUGGUGCAGGGCCGGCAUGAGGGUCAAAAGGAAAUGACCUUGGAGGAACUGCUGAAACACAUUAAGGAAAAGCAUAAGUUGAACAUCACAGGCUUGUAUUAUGGGACUGCCGUAUUGUACAGCAAUCUCUCCGAUCACACUGGUCGCCUGAAGCUAAGCAUUACUGAUCUGGUACGCUCCGCAACCAAGCGUGAGGUUCCAGAUCACCAGCAGAUGUUGGAGAUCAUUCCCUCAUUUGAAGAGGAUGAGGAGUGCAUGAUGCCCAUCAGAUACCUCAGGUGAAGCUGGAACUGAGAGCAUCACCUUAAUGAGAUUAUUCUCUCUAUUAACAUAAUGUUAUAUGCUAAACAGUCAUAAAAAUCAUAGGAAUAUGCACACUGCAAAAAUCACUGUUAAAAAAAACCAUGCAUUUAAUGAGGUUAAUUCUGAGAACAAAUAAGAAAUAUUGCCUAUAAAAUAAAUGUAUAAUUAAAACUCUUAUAUAACAUUAUGGUAACAUUUUACAAUAAGGUCUCUAACAUUAGUAAAAUAUUUAAGGAAUCAUGAUUUGGAUUUUUAAAAAUAUUUUAAAAUGUUCAUUGAGUUUCACUUAUAAUGUUACAUUUUUUUGUGAAAAACCGUCAUUUACUAAUGGCUUGUGAUUCAGCUACUGUCAGAUCCAAUACUGCUGACUGCUUCAUCUGCCAUCAAAAGUGUCUUUGCACUUUUUAAUACACUGUGGCUCGUUUAUAAAACAAUCUUGGGUCAAAUUAUCUGAACAAACAUAUAAUCCUCAGACGAGAUCCUGAAUGCCAAAAAUAAAGCAAUCAUCCACUUGAUCCUGACGCUAGGUGUAGUUAACCAAUUUUAACUAACAUACUGUAUGAAACCUUACUGUAAAGUUACCAACAUUACUUUGAAAAAGCCUUAAUAUCUUCUCGAGAAUCAAAAAUAAAAUAAAAAUAAAAUAACAUUGGCUAUGUUGCUGUCACAUUUGAACUGGAAAGAGUCUCUAAUUCUGAUAUUUCUUUUCUAGCUUUUCUGUUAAUUCGUUUAAACUCAGUGUAUCUGGGAUCAAUGCGACCCCUGUGGUUUCUUAAUUCCCGCCCUCAUCUCUUUGUUAUGCAGCCAUGGCCACCCACCACCCCUCACCUCACUAUUAUCAUGUAGGAAAACAGUUCCAGAGCCAAAUUUCAUCACCUUUAAACAUGAUUGUGUGUAUUCAGACCUAAUCACAUUACAGCACUGUUUCACAUUCACAAAAAAGAUUUGACAGUUUGAUUCUGGCUAUAAACCUCACAUGCUAAAAAUUCUUAGCCUACUGUAUCUGUCUACAUCUCAUAUUGUUCUGUCAUUAAAGUCUUAUUUUAAAGGGAGAAUUCCAGAUUUUACUCAAUUACUGCCUGUUUCUUAAGAAUAAAGAGUAAUAAUUGCACAGUAUACUGAAUGAGAUAUUCAUUGUUGUGUUGAAACCAUAAAUUGUAUUUGCACGAGUAGUAAAUUUCACAGAAAAGUUGUCAUUCAUGCGACGGCUGCAAACCAAAUAAAACU